CUGAGCUGCUUCAUUCCUGGGCAGGUUAUCAGCCUGAGCUGCUGUGCGCCGGUCAAAGGGAACCGCUUACUCAGCAGUCCAGGUUCCCGAUCUUCCAGUACAGUAUGGAAACAAGCAAGAGGCAUCAUCCUCAGCUCAGCCCAGCACUGCAUCUGCUCGCCUUCAUCCUCAAUGUCCUUCCUGGGGUCUGUGCGGAACAGGAGACGGAGAAUCUCUCAGGACUUUCCACUGAUCCUUACAAAGACAUUUUUGUAGUUCGGGAGAACGGAACAACGUGUCUGAUGGCAGAAUUUGCAGCAAAAUUUAACAUCGCCUACGACGCAAGAGCUAGUAACUAUGUAGACCUCAUUACAGAACAAGCUGACAUCUCGAUUCCACGUGGAGCAGGCGUGAGGGGAAAAUGCGGAAAUAACGAAUCUGAGCUGCAGAUUUCUUGGCUGGACGACACCUACAGUUUUAAGCUGUUUUUUGUGAAGGAAAUCCGCAACGUUUCGACGAGGCAAGACAGUUACUGGAAGAUCAGCAAGAUGCAGUUCGUUUACGAUUCGUCUGACACCGCUCACUUUAAGGACGCGGCCAAUGCCGGGAAGCACACCGCCACUUCUCGCCGUUUGUCCCUCUUCGUGACUCCUCUGGGCAAGUCUUACAAGUGUGAGGCGCAGGAGACCAUCUCUGUCAUCUCCAGUGACCACCAGAAGGUGGUGGCUAUCCUGCUCUCUCAGAUCCACAUCCAACCGUUCGGUCUCAAGCGAGACUUCAUCUUUAGCGAAGCUUCCAAGUGUGUGGUGGAUCAACAAGAACAGCUGGAAGAGACUCUGCCCCUUAUACUGGGGCUGACCCUGGGACUCCUCAUCGUGGUCAUCCUGUCUGUCUAUCACAUCCACCACAAGCUGACGGCCCCCAGUCAAGUGCAGAUCCCCAGGGACAGGUCGGAGUACAAACACAUGUAACCAGAGACGAUAUAGAGCGGUACAUAUGUUCUGUGGAGAGCCACCGGGAGAGUUGUAUGUGACGCUUUCAGAACCUCUAUAGCACAAAUAUAAAUAGCAAUGACCUGAAUUCUCGCUGUAAAUAUUUAAGCACGCUUCUUAAUUUAAACAGUGAAAUAGUAUGUGGAAUGCUCUAAAAAACUGGAGUCCCGCCACUGCCAAUGAACAACCGACACAUUUAAAGCGAUUAAACUGAUUGCAAAGAUUACGGAAUUAAUGUAAAUGCCAACUUGUAUAGUAUGUUGGAAACCUGCAUCGCUGCAAUUAUGUUGAGCUCGGUUUGGGAUCCUUUUUUUUGCUUAAAAUGUACACGGGGCAAGGGGUCGGUGCAUGAAUUGGGGAAAAUAAAGAACAAACACGAAUUUGUACAAAUUCUCAGCCGAGCUGUUUCGGGCUCAGUCCUGAACGCAAGAAAUAAAUCAGUCACUUUUAAA